AUUCGUAUGAAGAACAACACGUCUGCAGGGUUUAUCCUCUUUUCUUCUCACUCUAGACUAGAGAGAGAAAGAGAGAGAUAGAGAGAGAUUAUGGCGUAAUUCUGUGAUAUACUCUUCGAAUUCCAGCUUUUGUGUAGAUUCUCCGGUCAAAAAUGGCCAUCGGAGCCGUUAUUUCUCACCGGAACUUGCCUUCUUUCAUCGGCUCAGGUAAAAUUUAUCCACCUGAACAAGCUACAGCAUAUCUGAGAGCAGAUAAUUUGAGCUUUUCUUCUGCACAAUAUGUGCAUAGGAACAUGUAUUCAGAAAAGCUCUAUAGUCUAAAGAAGAUCUACUUUGUUUCCGGGUACUGGAAUACAAUAUCUUCUCAUGGUCUUGAUCCAUUUACUGGUAAUGCGCUGAGAUCUAGAACAGUUUUAUCUUCUGAUAGAGUUCAUCCUUAUACGGUGCCACAAGAAAGCAAAAAGUUUCAGAUGACAAAUCAUAGGCGAAGAGCAAGAGGAAUAUGCAGAUGCUUCGUCUCCUUACCUUCCGAGAGCUGCAAUUGGAUUAAACCGGUACAGCUACAAAAUAUCAGUAUAUGUAAUAGGAAACCUCUGCAGCCACGACAUACUACUAUUAAUAGAACCCGGGCAGACUAUAAAUCUGAGGAGUAUGACGUGACAGGAACAGAUUUGGAUUCAUUUGUAGCGUCAGAAGCUGGAGCAAGCGAGGCUGCUCUAGUUGGAGGAAUGCAGGAAACAAAACCCUGGUGGGAGCAGUUCGCAAAGCGCUUUGUGAUAGUACUCCUUUGCUUUUCUGCAUUUCUGCUAUGCAAUAUGGAUCGUGUGAAUAUGAGCAUAGCAAUAUUGCCCAUGUCAAAGGAGUUUAACUGGAACAGUGCUACUGUUGGUCUCAUUCAGUCUUCUUUCUUCUGGGGCUAUUUACUUACCCAGAUUGUUGGAGGUAUAUGGGCAGACAAAAUCGGUGGUAAGCAAGUACUUGGUUUUGGAGUUAUCUGGUGGUCGGUUGCAACAGUCUUGACACCUAUUGCUGCCAAAAUAGGACUUCCUUUCUUACUUGUCAUGCGUGCCUUCAUGGGGAUUGGCGAGGGCGUUGCGAUGCCUGCUAUGAAUAACAUACUUAGCAAGUGGAUUCCUGUCUCAGAGAGAAGUAGGUCACUAGCACUGGUAUACAGCGGAAUGUAUCUGGGCUCCGUGAUAGGAUUGGGUGUAUCUCCUAUCUUGAUCCAAAAGUUAGGAUGGCCAUCUGUUUUCUACUCAUUUGGUUCCCUUGGAAGUGUGUGGUUUGCUUUUUGGCUGAGCAAAGCUCAUAGUUCACCAGAAGAAGAUCCUGAGCUUAGUGCAGAGGAAAAGAAGUUUAUCUUGGGCGGCAGCAUCCCAAAGGAACCCGUCACUUCCAUUCCAUGGAAACUUAUAUUAUCAAAGGCACCUGUCUGGGCUCUCAUUGUAUCCCACUUUUGCCAUAAUUGGGGAACAUUUAUUCUUCUUACAUGGAUGCCUACCUACUAUAACCAGGUGUUAAAGUUUAACCUUACUGAAUCUGGACUAUUAUGUGUAUUGCCAUGGUUGACUAUGGCUGUCUUUGCCAACAUCGGAGGUUGGAUUGCAGAUACACUUGUUAGCAGAGGCCUAUCGAUCACUACCGUUCGCAAGAUAAUGCAGUCAAUCGGAUUCUUGGGCCCUGCUUUCUUUCUUACUCAGCUGAGUCGUGUCAAGACACCUGCUAUGGCCGUGCUCUGUAUGGCUUGCAGUCAGGGAUCGGAUGCAUUCUCCCAAUCUGGUCUCUACUCCAAUCACCAAGACAUUGGACCUCGUUAUGCGGGAGUAUUGUUGGGGUUGUCGAACACAGCAGGAGUACUUGCUGGAGUUUUUGGUACCGCUGCAACCGGUUAUAUACUCCAGAACGGUUCUUGGGAUGAUGUGUUCAAAGUGGCUGUCAUCUUGUACCUCAUUGGAACUGUUGUCUGGAACCUCUUUUCCACCGGUGAGAAAAUUCUUGAUUGAAUAAGCCACAAUACAGAAAAAAUAGAUAAUUUAAAACGUAAAGCCGCAUCAGCUCAACCGUGGCUAGCCCCUGGGUUUAGUCCAUGUCCAGGCUGGGUUAGCCACGGUCCAAUGAGCUGGUCUCCAGUUACGGUUGGUCGAGUCAAGUAUUGAAACUUACUCCCAAAACUUGAGUCAAGUAUUGAAACUUACUCCCAAAACUUGAAACGGUAACUGGUUGAGUGGUUUCCACGAUUAGAUUUGUUGUUGUCUUCUAAAAAAAAAUCAUCUGUACCAUUUGGGAUUCUUUGUUUUUCUUUUGAUUUAUUCUUAACUUGUUCACAAAUUACACCGAUUAUAUCGUUGUAUGAUGUUAACACGCUAAAUGUUGAUGCGUCGAAUGUAAAACUCUUGUUAUAUGUAACAAAUUCCCCGAAACUAGGAGAUAAAUCGCGUUUCAUG